CUCAAAACUUGGUGCGAGGACACUUACACUCUGGGUUGGCUGACCGGGACUUGUGAUGUCAUCACAAAUCCAAUACCUGACACCAGGCUGGUGGUUCGGCCUCAAUCGGCGAUUCCGAAUAGGAUUCCGUGUCUGCUACAUGUACCAGACUACAGUGGCAACACGGAAACACUGAGGAAACUGAUCACGAGGCAAAACCGCCACCUCAACAUCAGAUCAUGGACCCUGACACACGAACGAAGAACUCAGGACCCGACAGGCGUGUCCCUCUUCUUUCGUGUGCCAGAGUUUGAGAUCCCUAAAAUCAAAGAGCGCAAUCGGCGUUUAUACUACCUGAUGGGGAACAUCUAUAUCCGCAUCCUGGAUAGAGAUGAACCCUCGCAGGUGGCCAACGCCCCACCAACAACUACCAGCACAUCGGGGGUGGCGUCGUCGGGGUCGGGGCCGUCCACGUCUCUGACGGGGGCGGCUUCGGUCACCGGGACACACGCCCCUAUGGAGGUAGCUACACAUCCACCGUCACCGGUGCAACUAACUUCGGAUGAUGAGUUGUUUCAGGAGACCGGGGGGAGUGAAUUCAGCGACAGCUGUCUGCGCUCCUCCCCAUCGCCGAACUGACCUCAUCCAGGCUAACCUCCAGCACAGUCAGACAGCGUCGGCUUCCCUACGCAGACUGCUGGAGACCAAUCCGAAGACCAUCGCCGCGAUCCAAGAGCCGUGGAUCAGGAAUGGCAAGAUAUGUGGCCUGGGCAGCACCGGUGGUAAACUUUUACUGGAUACCUCCGUAAGUAACCCUAGAACUUGCAUAAUCUUGCCUAAACAUGUACCAGCAUUUCUAAUAAACGAACUCUGUUCAAGGAACCUUACAGCUAUUAGGUUACACAGAAACAAUCAACCAGACGUCGUCCUGGCGUCCGCCUACUUACCAGGUGACGAGGACGUGCCCACUCCAGAACUCGGCCUUCUGGCUGACUACUGUGAGAGGGAGAAACUGGAGCUAAUCAUCGCGGCGGACUCCAAUGCGCACCACACGUUAUGGGGUAACGCUAGUACCAACACUCGAGGUGAGGACAUGCUUAAUUUUAUACUUAGCAAUAACCUUAUCUUGGCAAACAAUGGCUCAAAACCAACUUUUAUCAACGCGCGUUCGCAAACUAUUAUUGAUUUAACAAUGGUAACUGCUGGUCUGUCAGAUCACAUACAGGACUGGCACGUAUCCAACGAGUUAUCAUGCUCUGAUCAUAGGUGGAUCCGCUUUGCAAUCAAAGGGGAGCUACCUAAACCUCAACCUAGACGUAUACCACGGAGAACCGAUUUGGUAAAAUUUCAUAGACUUAUCAGCUCCGAGGUAGACAAACUAUCGAUACCAACCACCAUAAAUAUACAAGACAUAGACAAACAUGUAAACAACCUAACGUCCCUACUCCUGACAAGCUAUGAACGGUCGUGUCCCCUUACCAUACCAAGAUGGGGAGGGAGACAUAACUGGUGGUGCCCCGAACUGGAGAGACACCGACGGAAGGUCAGGAAGCUGUUCAAUAGAGCGGAAGCUGGAGUGUUGGAGACACUUCUGCACCAGUAUUGA